AUGUUUGCCGGUGCGGCGGGAGCGGUCGCCGCUGGCGGCGCGGCGGCGCUUUACUCUCAACGAGACAAGAUCAGCGCUGGGUGGACGUGGGCAAGCGAUCAUCUCCUGUUUAUUGGCGACUUGGCUCGAGCGGAGAAUCUGCGGCGACGAGUUGAAAUGCUGGAGAAAGCGACCGGGGAGAGGGGCGCUAAAUGCAUGAACUUGUACACCAAUCUGGGCAAGGGAAGGAAAGAGGGCACAGUGACUGGUCAUGCCGGGAGGCGGACGUUUGUCAAUCUUCCUGCAAAGGUCGGCACUAGCUCCAGCAGCACAGUCAGCAGCGCAAAAGGCAAGAGCGGCGAAGCAACAAAAGCUGGAGGGAUGGCAUGGCACGAAGCGGUCAAUGACAAAGCCGCAGACGAAAUCGCAGCUCAUUGCAGCAUGUUUACGCCGAAGGACAACCCCAACUUUUACGCGCUCGGAGAAAGGGCGAAGGCCUGCAUCGUGGACAGCGUAGAUCAAGCUUGGUAUGCUGGAAGCGAGAAAAAAAAGUGCAACGACCACGAAAUGGACCUUGAAGGUAGCGCGGCACUGGGUGAUGGCGAGGCGUGGGAAAAAGCUGAUGGAGCGAAGUUGCCUGCCGAUGAACUGGUGGAUGAACCAACGGAGGAUGACGAAGUCAAGAUGACGAACAGCUACGAGGGGAGCAAGAAGGAUCGACUAAGCCUGAAUCGCAAUGGCGAUGGAGGGGGAGUCGAUGAUAACGACGAGGAGCUUGAAGACAGCAUUAUUGUCGAGAAGGCAGCACACAAAGAGGCUGUUGGAGAUCGUGUUCAGUAUCCGGCUACGAUACCGUUGCCAGACGAGAACCCGUGGUCCAGAUAG